UGGCGGGCGGCGCCGGCGGCCUGGACUGCGGCAGCGACGGCCAGGGCGGCUGAAGAGGAGCUUCCAGCAGCGGGCGGUCGAGCUAGGCCUCAGCGGCGCCCGGAGCUGCUCGCGCCGGCCUCGGCGGGAGAUCUCCAUAGAGACGGUGACAAACACAGACGCGGGGGUCCUCACGCGGCCGGCGCUCCUCAGCCACCUCGGGGCCCUCAGCCGCCGCCACCGCCUUCCUCGCCGCCGCGCGCACUCUCAGUUCCCGCUCGCUCCCUCGCGGUUCUCGCUGUGUCUGUGUGUCGCCUAGGGCCGGGCGGGGGAGGCCCUCAGGCCGCCGCCUCUGCCUCUCCCGCCCGGGAGCGGUAGUGGGAGGCCGCCCAGGCUCCGCCAUGGCCUCGGGAGCCGGAGGCAUAGGAGGGGGCGGCGGCGGCGGCGGCAAGAUCCGGACUCGUCGUUGCCACCAGGGGCCGGUGAAGCCUUACCAACAGGGGCGACCCCAACACCAGGGCAUUCUUAGCAGGGUUACAGAAUCUGUUAAGAAUAUUGUACCAGGGUGGCUACAAAGAUACUUCAACAAGAGUGAAAAUGCCUGCAGCUGUUCACCAGAUGCAGAUGAAGUUCCACCCUGGCCAGAAAGUAGAGAAGAUGAGCAUGCGAUUUAUGCGGAUGAGAACACAAACACUGAUGAUGGGAGAAUCACCCCUGACCCUGCAGGCAGUAACACAGAAGAACCAUCAACGACCAGUACUGCUUCAAAUUAUCCAGAUGUGUUAACAAGACCUUCUCUUCAUCGGAGUCAUCUGAAUUUCUCUGUGUUGGAAUCCCCUGCUUUGCACUGUCAGCCGUCCACGUCCUCUGCGUUCCCAAUUGGCAGUUCUGGAUUUUCCCUUGUGAAGGAGAUUAAAGAUUCUACCUCUCAGCAUGAUGAUGAUAACAUCUCAACUACCAGUGGGUUCUCUUCAAGAGCUUCUGAGAAAGAUAUAGCUGUUUCAAAGAACACUUCCCUGCCACCUUUGUGGUCCCCCGAAGCAGAACGCUCUCAUUCACUCUCACAGCAUACUGCCAUCAGCUCCAAAAAACCAGCAUUCAACUUGUCUGCCUUUGGAACACUUUCCACCUCACUUGGGAAUUCUUCAAUUCUUAAAACAAGUCAGCUUGGAGACUCUCCUUUUUAUCCUGGCAAAACAACAUAUGGAGGGGCAGCUGCUGCUGUAAGACAGAAUAAAGUACGAAGUACACCUUACCAGGCUCCAGUUAGAAGACAGAUGAAAGCUAAGCAGCUCAAUGCACAGUCUUAUGGUGUGACCAGCUCAACAGCACGGCGGAUACUGCAGUCAUUAGAAAAGAUGUCGAGCCCUCUUGCGGAUGCAAAAAGAAUUCCAUCUGCUGUUUCUUCUCCUCUGAAUUCUCCUCUUGAUAGGAGUGGGAUAGAUAGCACAGUUUUUCAGGCAAAAAAAGAAAAGACUGUAGAUGAAAAAAGUAUCUCAAGACAAAAUAGAGAACAAGAAAGUGGCUUUUCAUACCCCAAUUUCAGUAUUCCUGCAGCCAAUGGUUUAUCUUCUGGAGUAGGUAGUGGAGGUGGCAAGAUGAGAAGAGAGAGAACACAUUUUGUUGCUCCUAAGCCUCCAGAGAAUGAGGAAAUGGAAGCACCAUUGUUACCGCAAAUCUCUCUACCAAUCAGCAGUUCUUCACUGCCCACCUUCAGUUUUAGUUCCCCUGUGAUCUCGGCUUCUCCUUCACCAGUCAGCUCUUCUCAGCCAUUACCAAACAAGGUACAGAUGACCUCUCUGGGCAGCACGGGCAGUCCUGUGUUCACAUUCUCAUCUCCCAUUGUAAAAUCUACGCAGGCAGAUGUGCUCCCUCCAGCAUCUAUUGGAUUUACAUUUAGUGUGCCUCUUGCAAAAACUGAAUUUUCUGGCUCUAAUAGUUCUUCAGAAACAGUUUUAAGUAGUUCAGCUCAAGAUAUCACUGCAGUGAAUAGUUCAAGCUAUAAGAAGCGAAGUGCUCCUUGUGAGGACCCCUUUACACCUGCAAAGAUCCUGAGAGAAGGAAGUGUUCUAGACAUUCUGAAAACGCCUGGUUUCAUGUCACCAAAGGAUGAUUCUCCUGCUCUUCAGCCCACUACCACAAGCUCAAUAGUUUAUACAAGACCAGCAAUAAGUACUUUUUCUUCUAGUGGAAUUGAGUUUGGAGAAAGUUUAAAAGCUGGAUCAUCAUGGCAGUGUGACACAUGUCUCCUCCAGAACAAAGUCACAGACAAUAAGUGUAUAGCCUGCCAAGCAGCAAAACUGCCCCUGAAAGAAACUGCUAAACAGACUGGGACUGGGACACCAAGCAAAAGUGACAAACCAGCCUCUACAUCAGGGACAGGCUUUGGAGAUAAAUUUAAACCAGCAAUAGGAACUUGGGAUUGUGAUACCUGCUUAGUGCAAAAUAAGCCCGAAGCAGUAAAAUGUGUAGCCUGUGAUACACCUAAACCUGGCACUGGUGUGAAGCGAGUCCUUACAUUGGCAGUGGCUUCAGAAAGUCCUGUGACUGCUUCCUCUUCUACCACUGUGACAACUGGUACACUAGGAUUUGGAGAUAAAUUCAAAAGGCCUGUGGGCUCUUGGGAGUGUCCAGUCUGCUGUGUUUGUAAUAAGGCAGAAGACAACAGAUGUGUUUCCUGUACAUCUGAGAAACCAGGUUUGGUAUCUGCCUCAAGCAGCAGCCCUGUCCCCGUCUCUCUGUCUUCUGGAGGCUGUUUAGGAUUGGACAAGUUUAAAAAGCCCGAGGGAAGCUGGGACUGUGAAGUGUGCCUAGUGCAAAAUAAAGCAGACUCUGCCAAGUGCAUAGCUUGUGAAAGUGCAAAGCCAGGCACAAGGUCUGAGUUUAAAGGCUUCGGGACAUCUUCAUCUUUAAAUCCAGCACCCUCAGCCUUCAAAUUUGGUAUUCCAUCAUCCUCUUCUGGGCUUUCUCAAACUUUGACAAGCACUGGAAAUUUUAAAUUUGGAGAUCAGGGAGGAUUCAAAUUAGGCACUCCAUCUGACUCUGGGUCUACAAACACCAUGAAUACAAACUUUACAUUUUCUAAACCAACUGGAGAUUUUAAAUUUGGAGUGUUAUCUGAUUCCAAACCUGAAGAAGUUAAAAACGACAACAAGAAUGAUAAUUUUCAGUUUGGAUCUUCUUCUGGCUUAACCAACCCAGCUUCUUCAGCUCCGUUUCAGUUUGGGGUAUCUACUCCUGGGCAACAAGAAAAGAAAGAGGAGCUGCCUAAAUCUUCACCUGCAGGCUUUAGCUUUGGUGCAGGUGUUAAUAACCCCCCUAAUGCUGCUAUUGACACCACAGUGACCUCAGAGAACAAGAGCGGCUUCAACUUUGGAACCCUAGACACAAAGAGUGUCUCAGUGACUCCUUUCACAUACAAGACAACAGAAGCAAAGAAAGAAGAUGCACCUGCUACCAAGGGUGGGUUCACAUUUGGUAAAGUGGACUCUGCUUCUUUGCCAUCUGCCUCAAUGUUUGCUUUGGGAAGGACAGAGGAGAAACAGCAAGAACCUGUUACUUCUACUUCUCUGGUGUUUGGGAAGAAAGCCGACAGUGAGGAGCCAAAGUGUCAACCAGUAUUUUCCUUUGGGAAUUCAGAGCAAACCAAAGAUGAGAGCUCCUCCAAGCCGACAUUCAGCUUCAGUGUGGCAAAACCAUCUGGGAAGGAGUCUGAGCAGCUAGCCAACGCUAGUUUUGCAUUUGGAAAUCAAACCAAUACAACAACUGAUCAAGGUGCAGCAAAGCCAGUUUUUAGCUUCUUGAACAGCAGUUCCUCUAGUUCAAGUGCACCAGCCACUUCAUCCAGUGGUGGCAUAUUUGGUAGUUCCACCUCUUCCUCCAACCCACCUGUGGCAGCCUUUGUGUUUGGACAGGCCAGCAAUCCUGUCAGCAGCUCUGCCUUCGGUAACGCUGCUGAAUCCAGUACAUCUCAGUCUUUGCUAUUUCCUCAAGAGAGCAAGCCAGCCACCACGUCCAGCACUGCCUCAGCUGCCUCUCCGUUUGUAUUUGGAACAGGAGCCAGUAGUAGUAGUACUGUAUCUUCUGGGUUCACUUUUGGGGCUACAACCACGUCAAGCUCUUCAGGAUCCUCCUUUGUAUUUGGCACUGGACAUUCAGCACCAUCUGCCAGUCCAGCAUUUGGUGCUAACCAGACUCCAACAUUUGGACAAAGUCAAGGUGCCAGCCAGCCUAACCCUCCAAGCUUUGGCUCUAUCUCGUCUUCAACAGCGUUAUUUUCUGCUGGUUCUCAGCCUGUACCACCACCUACAUUUGGGACAGUGUCAAGCAGUAGCCAACCUCCUGUGUUUGGACAGCAGCCUAGUCAGUCUGCAUUUGGCUCUGGGACAGCUAAUGCCAGUUCGGUUUUCCAAUUUGGUAGCAGCACUACAAAUUUCAACUUCACAAACAAUAAUCCAUCAGGAGUGUUCACAUUUGGUGCAAGUCCCAGCACGCCUGCAGCCUCAGCCCAGCCCUCAGGUUCAGGGGUCUUUUCAUUCAGCCAGUCUCCAGCAUCAUUUACAGUGGGGUCAAAUGGGAAAAAUAUGUUCUCUUCUUCCGGAACUUCAGUUUCUGGUCGCAAGAUAAAGACUGCUGUUAGACGCAGGAAAUAAAGGUCACAAAGGUGUUAUACCCAACAGUUUUAUCAACAGCUGGUGCCCUGCUUUCAGAUACUGGAUUGUACUACAUGCUGGGCUUAUCUGAAGUCAGAUCUGCCUAAGGACUUCUUUAAUUUUGGAAUUGUCCCCUUUUUUUUCUUUAUGGAAGUCCCGUCCCCAUAACCCAUUCUUUUUGAAAAUAAUAGCUAGACUGGUGACUGGCUGAUUCUUCAGCAGAAGCAUUUUAUGAUCCAGCACAUUAUUCACUGAUUGGCAUAGUCUGGCUGUACCCAGGAAUAGAGCCUGCACGGUGAAUGGCUUUGUAUAGAACCUGUCUGCACCGCUAUGUGCAUUGAUAAAGCGUUAAUGGAGCGUGUUGAACUUGUAAUUAUAUCUGGGGAAUUCUGUAUAGAUUAGAAUCCUGUAUAGAUUAGAGGACGUUGAAAUGAAUGAUUUCUAUGCGGAGUUUGUGGUGGUGUAUGUGUGAAGUGAGUAAGUGGGAUGUAUUGUGCACAGAAAAAUUCUGAUAGAGAAAACCUGAUUAAAGAAUGGUCCAUCCUAAGGACUUGUUAGAUCUAGUUCAUUCUUCACUUAAUAAGUAUAUGCUAUUUCUAUAUUUUCAUUCUAUCAACUGUCUUGCCUUUUUCAUUAUUUUAUUAUGAGACUUCUGUAAAUACAAUUUUGUUUCUGUACCUUUUUGGCAUAACAUAAAUCUGUGAACUUGAAAUUUUAAUUUUAUGUUAGACAUAUUUUUGUUGUUUGUUUAGUCUUGUCUCAGAUUUUAUUAUGUAAAUCCCAUUAUUCAAAGUUGCCUAAAUCCAUUUGGAAAUCUUUAAAAAAAAUUGGGGAUUCUUAAAGUUGAAUUUAUUGGCUUUUCUGAUCCAGUUUUGUUUGGACCAAAAACCAGUAUUGUACAAAGUAUUAAGCAUAUAUUUUUAUAUUUACUGAAAUGGACUGUGGUGACUUUGGAUAAUAAGGAAAAAGUUUAAUAUUAAAGCCAUGUUUAUUACAGUAUAAUUAACAUGUUAAACCAUGGGAUAAAUGCCAUCAAUAAAACUUUAUGAAGCAAGUUUUGUUAACAGUUUUCAUAGUGAAGGCACACAAUAUUAAUGGGAAGGGUGGUUGAUUAGAAACUCCAAAGGGUAUGUACCAGGUAAGGCCCAAUAGUUAUUGGAGUUUGCAGAACACAGAAGAUCCCCUCCUUUCUGCCUGCUGCUGUCUUUACUUAAUUUGCACGUAUAUUUUCUCAUUAAAUUUUGAAAAUAAACGUACAACCCUUUCUGUUUGUACUUCUAGCUUCCUUGCUAGAUGCCUAGACAAUGUUUAUUGCUCACAUUCUUGGAGAUAAUAUGCCUCAGGCACUCCAACAGUUUAUAGAAUUAAUGGGCCUUUUACUAUGUUAUUUGUAUGAUUAGACUUUUAGCUCACUUAAGGUCCAGGAAAGAACUUGGAGCAGUACUUUAUACUUUUGUCCUUAAUUAGGAUUGGCAUUUGUCAGUGGGAUUUUUUGUUUUGUUUGCCAACUACAGGCUGGUUGAAUUUACAUGGAGAAUUUCUAAAGCUUUGUUCUUAUGAAAAGAUAUUUUUCUUACUAUCUUAGGCUAUCAUUACAUUGAUCUGAGGGCAGAGCUUUUUAUGUUUCUAAUAUUUUAUUUAAUACCUGACCUGUUUGGAGUCUGGUGAAUGCUGGUAUCAAAUGCUGGAAACCCCCACCUUGUCGGCCAGUCCUUCACCAUUUUCUAUGUCCAAAUAGUUGGGGCUUAAUAGAACAUAUGCCUUUUCUGUAAACUGUAGAAAAUAAUUUUGCUUCACUUUAGUAUUCCUUUGUUUAGAGUAGGUUACUACAGUUAUAACUAGUGCUGGUUCAUAUUAAAAUUGGUGACCUUUUGGUUCUCUAGAGUCUGUAAGACUAUUCAGAUUUUGAGACUUGAUUCUUGGGCACACUUCUAGCUUCCUUGCUAGGUGUGUGUGGCUUUCCGGUCAUGGUGGCAGCCCCAUAUCUUGGUCUGUCCUUCCUCAAGCCCAGCAGAGGUAACUAACUCUACAUUGGAUUGAGUGGGCUUGAGUGCUUACUAAUGGAAUGUAUAAAUGUAUGUUCUAGGACAUAUACCCAGAGACUGACAGACUGGUUUUGGAUAGCACUCAAGACUGUAUCUUUAAAGGUGCCUCAAGUCACUUAAUGCUGUCAGGUCUGGUUGUCAUCUUAAGCAUUAAGUGCUAGGUUGGUUGUAGUGAUUACAGUAUCAGGCCUUAAGGGAAAAGUAUAAUUCAGACAGCUAAAGGUCUUUUUUGUUGUUGCAAAUGAUGAAAGUUAUGAAUAUAAAUAUCAUUGUACCACCUGAAGUUAAACUGAUUUUUAACAGUAAAGAUUUAGCCUAGGAAGAAAGUGUUUUCAUAGUUAGCAUAUGCUUCCCAGGACUCGUAUAAAACUUGAAAUUCAAUUGAAAUUAUUGAGGGUAAGAACUGAUGCUACACUUGAUAUAAACACCAAGAAGUGAUUCAGCAGAAAUCUUAUACAUGGUAGCUUGUUUAAUGGAAACUAAUUUGCUAUAGUAGUAACAGUGAGAAAUAAGGAUGUUGUAGGUCUUAUAGAUAGCAAAUAUAUGACCAAGUAGUCAUAACCCUCAUUUCUUUGUAAUAUGGAGUGGUAUUCACUUCCACUUUGACUUUUAUUCCUCUAAAAUCCACUGUCCCCAAAUAUGUAGUUGGUAGCUUGGCUUAGACUAUUAAAUUGUUCAGAGCAGCACUCAGGUCAGGCUGUAUUAAAUACAGUUUGCAUACACACGGUUUAAUUCCUAAAGAUAGGAUCUUAUACUGUAGUCUAGGUUGGCAUUAAAUUUGCAGCAAUAUUCCUCUGUCAGCCUCCUGAGUUCUGGCUUUACACAGUUAACAUUACCAGAGUCAGAUAACUGCCCUUGAGGAAAGGCAGUCCACUGUGGACUGGUUUAACAUGAAGCUGAGCUCAUGUGCAGGUAACUUGUACUUAGGUAUUUGGAUAUACAGGGUUUUACAUAUGCUAGGCAAGGUAUUAUCACUGAACCACAGCUCCAGCCCUGUUAAAGAACAUGGUUUAAUACACUGCUGUAGCUGUAGAAAUAGGCACAGACAACACUGUUGACAUUGACAUAAGUAUUUAUUGAGACACAAAAUACAAACUGGUGACAUACAAAUAUUAAAAAUAGAAUGCUGUUUUAUUUAUAGGUGGGCCAGUAGAUACUGUUUCCAGGGUAAGCCCUACUAUAGUGAACUACAAGGAAAUCUACACAUACCAGCCAAAAUGAGGAACUUCACCCAGGCACGAGGAAGGACUUUGGUCUUUGGUUAUGUGGAUGGUGGAUGGCAAGGAGCAGAACCAGUACUUGUUUAGGAAUACUGUUAAUCUAGAAACCGUCCUCAAAGAGAUGAGAAAGCUUAAUACCCCAUCUUCCUUCAGAACUACUUCCCUUUGCCAGAAACAGGUGUUUAAAUGAAACAAUCAUUGAUGUGAACAUGUUCAUUUAAAGUUAAAAUGCUUUUAAAGGUCCUUUGAAGACUCAAUUUUGAGGCUUGGGCAAUUAGGUAAAUUAGGUAGGCAGAGUCAGGCAAUGAACACUGUCAAAAGUGGCACAUGUUUAUAGUCACGAAUACUCAGUAAGGUUUGUCAUCAUGCUGUUACCGAGAGUAGAACAUUCCUAG